ACAAUGGAUUUUGACAGGCACAAGAUGAACUUCUUAGACAUUCUUAUUUACAGAGACUUGAAUAGACUGGGAUCUAACUUAUAUCGAAAAAGUACUGACAGAAAUUCUAUUCUUCAUGGACAAUCUUUUCAUCCCAUUCCACUCAAGAAGAGUCUGCCUUUGUCUCAGUUUAGUCGCAUUCGCCGGAUCUGUAGUUCUGAUAGUGAUUUCCAAGCCCAAGCAUCUGAUUUGGAAAAACGUUUUCAACAGAGACAAUACAAACAUGAAUGGAUUACUCAAGCACGUAACCGUUUUGAAAAUACAUCGCAAAUUGACUGUCUCAGCAACACCAGAUCCAGAACUUCUGAGUCUAGAGUUAACUGUAUUGUCCAAUAUUCACCUCUUGGCAGAGAGUUCGAAUCCAUCAUUAAAAAACAUUGGCACAUUAUUGACUCUGAUUCAGCACUUAAAUGCUUUACUACAUCACCCCGCAUUGUGUACAAAAGAGCACCUAAUCUCAAAAAUAUGUUGGUGAGAGCUCAUCUUCCACCAUUGACUCCACCACAUUUUUUGCAGUCUAUUCCCUUUGGGAAUUACAGAUGUGGCAACUGCACUCAAUGCAACUUUACACAUAAAACCACCACCUUUAAUCACCCAUGCACUGGAAAACUUUAUGAUGUCAAAGAUGUGAUUACUUGUAACACAAAAAAUGUUAUUUAUUUACUUAAAUGCCCGUGUGGCUUGGCCUAUGUUGGUAAAACGACCAGGUCAUUGAAAAUAAGGAUCUCAGAACACAGAUCAAACAUUCGUAAUCAUGACAUCAAAAGCCCAGUAGCGGUGCACUUUUCACAAGCCUCUCAUAACGUUUCUUCUCUCAGAUAUUGUGGCAUUGAACUUGUGAAACAGCCCUCCCGUGGAGGAGACGUAAAUCGUCUGUUGCUUAAAAGAGAAGCAUUCUGGAUUUAUACCCUGGACACUUUAGCUCCAAAAGGGUUGAAUGAAGACUUUGACCUGAGGCCAUUCCUGUAA